AACAUACAUUUUGAUAAAAAUUAUAUUUUAAAUUAAAAUCCUCCGUUUAUUUGAUAUACGGGCUACGUGGGGACAUGAGUACAUUUUGUGUGGUUUAACAAUGUUAAACAACCGCAACGGAUUCUUGAACGCGACUUUUAGGUGAGAGCUAUGCAGUUGACGUGAGGAUGGUGACUGUAGUGGAGGUGCUGAGUCUGAUAUUGGUGUCGCUGCUGUGGGGCUGCACCAACCCGUUCCUGAAAAAAGGCUCAGAGGGGAUCGAAAAUGUGAAAGAAACCAACAGAGUCUCUCAGCUUCUGGCUGAAAUCAAGUUUCUCCUUCUAAACGUCAAGUACUUGGUUCCAUUUCUCCUAAACCAGAGUGGUUCUCUGGUUUAUUUUUAUACGCUGUCAACCACUGAUUUGUCUUUUGCUGUUCCUGUGGCGAACUCUCUCACCUUCCUUUGCACUCUGCUGACUGGCAAGUUGCUGGGUGAAGAAAUAGGAGGCAAACGGGCUGUUUUGGGGCUGCUCCUCACUAUGGCUGGGAUCACUCUGUGUGUUAUAAGCUCCGUUGAAAGCAAAGAUACUGACGGACAGAACCAGGGCCAGCAUCAGCUCUGAUGGAGAUCAAGAUUAAAGCAAAUUCACCUGCGCUGCCAGGGGAUCACUUAGCGGGAAAGAAAAGAGGACCAACGCUGCAUCUUCAGCUGGACUGGAGGAGGGUGAAGAUUUAGGCAGAAGCUGUUUACAGAAAACUGUCCUGCAGGGAGAAUCGCUCCUAGAUUUACUCAUGUUGGACUUCAAAAGACCUGCCAGAGGAAGAAGAUGCUGAAGACAUAGAGGGUUGAAGUAGGGUUCACUCUAGAUUUAUGGCGCUCACGUAGAAAAUGGUUGCUGUUAGUUUUUACUGGUUGGUUUUUACUUCCGUGGGAGAGGAAUUUCCAAAGAUGUUGUCGACACAAUAAGCUAUUAGAGAACGGUUGAUGAAAAGGAUCAUUUAUGUCACGCCUUGGUGUAACAAAAUUUCACUUAAAUUGAAGCUAGCUAAAACUAAUAAAAAAAAAAGGAAGCCUUUUGUUGGGUAAAACUUAAAUCAGCUAAAAAAAUACUUAUCAAAGGUAUAGGAUCAUAAUUUAGACAUCACUGGAUAAAACUAUUUUCAUAUCAGCUUUUUAUGGGGUAUUUUCUUUAAAAUAAGCUACACAGGGUUAAAAGUUUCUUAUAUUUACAUGUACAUAAUGUCAGCAUUUAAUCCUGUUAAACAGGAUGAAAUAAGCGUAAAUAAAAUGUUAAAAUAAACAUCCCUUUUAGAAAUAGUUUAUUUUUUAAAUCUGGGGAAUGAUUUGUUGGUUUAUUUUUGACAUAUCUGUCCUAUGGAUAAAAAGAUAAACUUCCAACCAUCUAGCUGGACUGUGGAAGAGAUCUUCGGUGACGCGUCAUACUGUGACCUGCCGGUUCUGUCCGGAUCGAGCUGGUGAUGCAUCCUGCAGGCUCUUCUGUCAGGAAGAAUAUCAAAUCAUAAGGGCAAAGUAUUUGCAACAUUUUGAAGAUGUUUGUAAACCUGCCUGCUCUUCCUUGACCUUUCCCUCUGAGUGAGAUGAUGAUGAUGAUGAACUUGACUUUGAAGACACAGGCUUCAGCUCAGCCUCCUUUCGAAAACACAGACCGCUAUGAUCAGUUUUCCGUGCCUCUAAUUAUCCAGCAGCUGGUUAAAUGUGUGGGUGUGUUUAUACCAGAGUCUGAGCUGCUGACUCCUCUUCCUGUUCACAUGCUUUCACCUUUCAUACAGAAAUAAAUAACAAUAAAUAAAAAA